GGCGAAGCAGGUCCAACGGGUCCUCGUGGUCCUGAAGGUCCUCAAGGACAAAGAGGUGAAACAGGUCCACAGGGCCCAGCUGGAUCACAAGGUCUUCCUGGUACUGAAGGAACAGAUGGUUCCCCAGGUGCUAAGGGCCCAACUGGAUCUCCAGGCACUGGAGGACCCCCUGGCUUAUCAGGUCCACCCGGUUCCCCAGGACCACAAGGCAGUACUGGCCCACCUGGUAUUCGAGGCCAGCCGGGAGACCCUGGUGUCCCAGGUUUCAAGGGAGAAGCAGGACCCAAAGGUGAACCUGGCCCACAAGGUCCCCAGGGUCCCAUUGGCCCUGUAGGUGAAGAAGGGAAAAGAGGACCUCGAGGUGAUCCAGGGUCAGUAGGUCCACCAGGUCCUGUUGGAGAGAGGGGUGCUCCUGGUAAUCGUGGUUUUCCAGGUUCUGAUGGCUUGCCUGGACCAAAGGGUGCCCAAGGGGAGCGUGGUCCAGCAGGUUCUUCUGGUCCUAAAGGAGGUCAGGGAGAUCCUGGGCGUCCUGGUGAACCUGGCCUCCCAGGUGCAAGGGGUUUGACAGGAAAUCCAGGUGUUCAAGGCCCUGAAGGAAAACUUGGUCCCUUGGGGGCUCCUGGAGAAGAUGGACGCCCAGGUCCAGCAGGUUCAAUAGGAAUCAGAGGUCAGCCAGGCAGCAUGGGCCUUCCUGGGCCAAAGGGUAGUAGUGGUGAUCCUGGAAAACCUGGAGAAGCAGGCAAUGCAGGUGUCCCAGGACAGAGAGGAGCCCCUGGUAAAGAUGGUGAAGUUGGUCCUUCUGGUCCUGUUGGCCCACCAGGUCUGGCAGGAGAAAGAGGAGAACAAGGCCCUCCAGGUCCUACAGGGUUUCAGGGCUUACCUGGGCCACCAGGUCCUCCAGGUGAGGGAGGAAAGCCAGGUGAUCAGGGUGUUCCUGGAGAUCCUGGAGCUGUUGGUCCAUUGGGCCCUAGGGGAGAACGUGGCAAUCCAGGGGAAAGGGGAGAACCAGGUGCAUCAGGACUCCAGGGUGAAAAGGGUAUGGCUGGAGGUCAUGGUCCUGAUGGUCCAAAGGGAAGCCCAGGCCCUAGUGGGACGCCUGGUGAUCCAGGCCCACCGGGUCUUCAAGGUAUGCCUGGAGAAAGAGGGAUUGCUGGAACCCCGGGCCCCAAGGGCGAUAGAGGCGGCAUAGGUGAGAAAGGUGCUGAAGGUACAGCUGGCAACGAUGGGGCAAGAGGUCUCCCUGGUCCAAUAGGCCCCAUGGGUCCAGCAGGUCCCACUGGUGAAAAGGGUGAACCAGGUCCUCGAGGUCUAGUUGGUCCUCCUGGCUCCCGUGGAAACCCUGGUUCCCGAGGAGAAAAUGGCCCAACUGGCGCUGUUGGUUUUGCUGGUCCUCCGGGCCCUGAUGGUCAGCCAGGUGUGAAAGGUGAACCUGGAGAACCUGGUCAGAAAGGAGAUGCUGGAUCUCCAGGACCACAGGGUCUUGCUGGGUCUCCCGGUCCACCAGGCCCUCCAGGUGUUCCUGGUCUGAAAGGUGGUAGAGGAACUCAGGGUCCACCUGGUGCCACUGGAUUCCCAGGAUCAGCUGGAAGAGUUGGGCCGCCAGGACCUACUGGAGCUCCAGGGCCUGCUGGACCUAUUGGUGAGCCAGGAAAAGAGGGUCCCCCAGGUCUUCGUGGUGAUCCUGGUUCUCAUGGCCGUGUGGGAGAUCGAGGGCCUGCUGGGCCUCCUGGUGGUCCUGGAGACAAGGGUGAUGCAGGGGAAGACGGACAGCCGGGCCCGGAUGGCCCCCCUGGUCCAGCAGGAACUACUGGUCAAAGAGGUAUUGUUGGUAUGCCAGGACAGCGAGGGGAGAGAGGCAUGCCAGGGCUGCCGGGUCCUGCAGGUACACCAGGAAAACAAGGUCCCACAGGGCCACCUGGUGAUAAAGGUCCCCCAGGACCUAUUGGCCAGUCAGGUGCCACUGGACCUGUAGGUGAAGCUGGUCCAGAAGGACCUGCUGGUAAUGAUGGUACUCCUGGACGAGAUGGAGCUGUUGGAGAACGUGGUGAUCGUGGUGAACCUGGCCCUGCAGGCUUACCAGGUUCCCCAGGCGGUCCGGGAACUCCAGGUCCUGUUGGCCCUCCAGGAGAUGCGGGUCAAAGAGGUGAAACUGGUUCUCGAGGUCCAAUGGGUCCCCCAGGUCGUGCAGGAAAAAGAGGUUUGCCUGGUCCCCAAGGACCUCGUGGUGACAAAGGUGACAAUGGAGAUCGAGGUGAUAGGGGCCAGAAAGGACACAGGGGUUUCACUGGUCUUCAAGGUCUUCCUGGUCCUCCU